CUGCUUCUGAACAAAUGGAGUAUUAUACAAACAGUUUGGAUCCAACUUGGAUGUAUGUUCCUUUGGGUAAAUCAACUAGAGAUUUUUUGAAAUUAUAUAAAUUAGCUGGUCUUCCAAGUGUCAAAUUAGUUGAUAAUAAUGGAAAGUUUGUAGAGGAUGUGAAAAUGCAAAUUGAGAAAAAUUCUGAUAAUCCAAAAGAAUUAAUUCAAUUAUUUAAGUCAAAAACAAAUAAUUAA